UCAACAUCUCUCUCUCUCUCUCUCUCUCUCUCUCUCACUCACUCUCUUGUUAUGGCGACCGUUGUUGCAGAACCUGAACCAGUCCGGCAAAGGAAGUCGAGAAAGCCACUCAAGCCAAAGAAUGAGAAUGAUAACAUUUUGCUCAAUUCCCCUUCAUUUGCAGAAUCGGAGAAAGAGAACCUUGUCCAUCCGUCAAUGGCUCCCAAGGUCUCUCAGCCAAAUAAGAAGAAAAGUAAACAUAAAUCAGUGGAAGAGGAGUUGAAGGAAGUGAGGGAAAAGCUCGAAAAGAUGAGACUUGAGAAGGAGAAGGCAGAUGAGAUAUUGAAGGAGAAGGAUGAGCUUUUGAAGCAGAAGGCAGAGGAGAUAGAGACUAGGGGAAAAGCACAAGAGAAGCUCGAGUCUGAGAUCAAGAAGUUGCAGAAACAGAAAGCGUUUAAGCCUAAUCUGAGCCUUCCUAUUGUGCAGGCUCAGCCGACAAAGGAGAAAGAGAAGAAGCCAAAUCCCCCAUAUAUUUUGUGGUGUAAAGAGCACUGGAAUCAGAUUAAAAGUGAGAAUCCUGAAGCAGAGUUCAAGGAGAUAAGCAACAUUUUGGGAGCGAAGUGGAAGGAUUUGAGUUUAGAGGAAAAGAAACCAUAUGAAGAAAAGUACAAAGCUGAAAGGGAGCUCUACUUAAAAGUAGUUGGGACGAAGAAGCGAGAGGAGGAUGCAUUGAAGCUUUACCAGGAAGAACAGAACCAGAAGGCUGCACUUGAAUUGCUUCAGCAGUUUCUUCAGUUCAAGCAGGAUGAGGAGGAUAAGAAGGGUAAGAAGAAAAAAGAGAAGGAUCCUGAGAAACCGAAGCAGCCACUUUCAGCGUUCUUCAUUUUCUCGAAAGAAAGGAGGGCAGCAUUACCCUCCGAAAAUAAGAACAUUUUGGAGGACGCAAAGAUUGCAGGGGAGGAAUGGAAGAAGAUGACAAAGGAGAUGCGUGCCCCUUACGAGGAGGCUGCUAAGAAAGAAAAGGAAAAAUAUUUAAAGGAAAUGGAUCUCUACAAACAGAAAAAGCAUGAGGAAGCUGCGACCCUGAAGAAUGAAGAGGAAGAACAGCUUAAGGUUCAAAAACAAGAAGCUCUGCAACUUCUCAAGAAAAAAGAAAAAUCAGAUAAUAUUAUCAAGAGGGCAAAGAAAAGUAGUAAAAAGAAACAGCAGAAGGAGCUGGUCCCUGACUCAAACAAACCCAAAAAACCUGCAACCUCAUUUUUUCUUUUCAACAAAGAAACCAGGAAGCUUUUGUUGCAGGACAGGCCGGGCAUCAAUAACUCAACCUUGAAUGCCCUUAUCUCAGUGAAAUGGAAGGAGCUGAACGACGAAGAGAGACAAAUAUGGGUUAAUAGAGCAGCAGAAGCCAUGGCAGCAUACAAAGAACACAUGAAAUCAGUGGAUGAAACAGGACAAAAUAACUUGGCUCAAAAUCAAGCAUGAAAAGGAAGUAUACAUGAAAUCAGUGGGUGAAACAGGACAAAAUAACUUGGCUCAAAAUCAAGCGUGAAAUGGAAGUAUACAUGAAAUCAGUGGGUGAAACAGGACAAACUAACUCGGCUCAAAAUCAAGCAUGAAAUGGGUCUUGGCCAUGUUCAACUGCUUUAGUUGAACUCCGCGCUGUUCUAAUUCUGUAAAAGGCAGCAAUUUCGUGUUUUGAUUAAUUCAACUAGACUUCUACAA